CAACUGCGUGAGGCAGAGGCGAGUUGCUCACAGACGGCGAAUCACAGUAAACCAUGUGUGCCAGGCGCAUCAUACAAAAGAGCGCGUAAUCCAGAGGCAGAUUGGAUUGGGCAAUAAGAGAGGGGAUUGGGGUGAGGAAAAACAGGAUUGGUUCGAGUGAGCAGUCAAACUUGUUGACUCAGACCUCGGCUGCUCUUCAGAAACUAACCUUGCCGCGGUGGAGGAGCUGUCCGCUGACGUUAGUGCUGAAACGUUAAUCGUCUGAUCCCGCUGGGAGGACACAUCUCAUGAAACUGUUUGGGGGUGCCUUGUUUUGUUCCAGUGUACGAAUGAGCGUGUUCUUGCAGUGACCAGAUUUGAAGUGCCUUUGCUGGAUUUACACUGCGUCCCGCUGGACUUCUGCAAGGCGACCUUUCCACAACUCCUGUGUGAAGGGAAGUGUUUCACCGGUGCAUAAAGGACCAAGUAAAACGGCACGAUGGCUUUCAUGGUCAAACAAAUGGUAGGGGGACAGCUGAAAACCCUCAAAGGAGAUCUGGGAGUGGACAAACCGGAAGGCGGCGAGAAGACAGAGGCGGCCGCAGCAGGGAUGACCCAAGAAGAGUUCGAACAGUAUCAGCAGCAGGUAGAAGAGGAAAAGCAGGAGAGAGAUGCCAGUUUUGCACAGAAGAAGGCUGAGCGAGCAACAAUCCGGACUCACUUUCGGGAUAAGUACAGACUCCCAAAGAAUGAACUGGAUGGAGAGCAGAUCCAGGCGGCGGGAGAUGACGUGGACCUCCCCCAGGACCUGGCCAAGAUGAUCGCGCAGGACAACCAGGAGGAGGAGCAGAAGUCCUCCGUCCUCGGGCAGUUGACCAACAUUCAGAACGUGGACAUGGACCACCUGAAGAACAAGGCCCAAGCCACACUAGAGGACCUCAAGAACUCAGCUGAGAAGUGUGCACUCAUGUGAUCUCUCUUUUGCUCUGUCUCUGACUCUCUCUCUCUCUUUCGCUGACUCUCUCUCUCUCUUUCUCUGACUCUUUC